AUGGCCCAGCCCCAGUUCUUCGAGACCAUCACCAAGUCCUUCGAGGACGUGCCCGUCACCGCUGCCGGCGUUGAGACCGCACCCUUCCUCGAGGCGUCCGAGGGUCUCGUCAAGAUCUUCAACCUCUUUGGCAACCCCGCCUUCAGCGUCGUCCAGAACGACAUCACGGGCAACAUCAACAAAGUCCGCACCUACUUCCUCGCCAACCCCACCGACGCCGACACACUCGAGAAGCUCCUGGCGCACGACAAGGCGACGCACGCCAAGCCCAAGGAGCGCGUGGCGACCGACGCACUCAUGUGGCUUCUCCGCGGGCUCAAGUUCACCGCCAUGGGUCUGCGCAUCAACCUUACCAACACGGCCGAGGAGCUCAGCGUGUCUUUCACCAAGGGGUACGAGGGAAGCUUGAAGAAGUUCCACGGCAUGAUGGUCCGGCCUGUGUUUGCGCUUGCAAUGAAGGCGUGCCCCUACCGCGCCAACUUCUACCCCAAGUUUGGCGAGCCCCAGGACGUGGUCAUGGCCAAGCUCCAGGCGUGGCUCAAGGCGCUCGAGGACAUUGUCGAGCGCGAGUCCAAGGUCUUCAAGGACGGCGGCUACGGCGAGAUCUAACAGUUAGACUAGAGGAGAGCAUAUGCAUUGGCCGGCUGGCUUGGGCGUGACUAGCAUCGCCUCGCUGGUCAACUAAUGACAUUUGUUUCUACAGCUCAUCAACAGCCCUGGCCUACUGCAUCAGAGCCCCGCUGUGGUCCUCGGGGUAUCGCCCCCCGCUGGGCGGGAACUGGCGGAUGAUCUCGUCGAUCUGCUCCAUCUCCUCUUUGCUGAGGACGAUAUUCGCGGCCUCGGUAUUCUGCCUGGC